UACAAAAGUCAGUUCAUUUGAAAGAUAGAUAUGAUUCGAUUCAAGACUAUAGUUUUUCAAGUCAAGAGAGUACUCGAUAAAAAGAUAUCGCGUUUAAGACACAUAAUCAACGUACGAAAGGGUCACUUUGCGGUAUAUGUUGGAGAAGACGAGAUGGAGACGAAGAGAUUUGUGGUUCCAAUAUCUUACUUAAACCAUCCUUUGUUCCAAGCCUUGUUGCGUAAAGCCGAAGAUGAAUUUGGCACAGAUCAUCAGAGGACAUACCUCACAAUUCCUUGUGCUAAAGAUGUCUUUCUUGACAUCACUUCUCGUCUGAAGCGUAAUAAAUUUAUUAGUACUGAAAUUAAUUAAUUGGUAUUAGUAUUUGAUUGUCCGUUUGGUAAAGCCGUUAUUGUCUAUGUGUAAUUGAGGCUAGGCAAAAUCAAAA